GCAGGAGCUGCGUGAGACCGGAGCAUCCGUGCAUCCAUCCGUGCAUCCAUCCGUGCAUCCAUCCGUGCAUCCCAGCCCCGCAUCCCAGCCCCGCAUCCCAGCCCCGCAUCCCAGCUGUGCGUCCCUGCGUGGCCUCAGGGCUGAAUCCAGGAGCCGAGCGAAAGUUUCGGGAGCAGAGCGAAGCUUCGGGCGCCUCCCCAGCAGACCUCGGGAGGGCACCGAGCCAUCAGCAGCGCCGUUCGGGGCCAUGGUGCCCUUGGGCAGCCCCGCUCUCGCCGUCUGCGCCUCCGGCAACCUUCGCCUGGUGGCUCCCGGCCGCGGCUCGCCCCUGGCCUGGCUCAGCCGGGGCCCCGAGUGCCCGCAGGGCCCGGGGGGCAGCGGGGGCCGCAGAGCCAGCGCCGUGGAGCGCCUGGAGGCCGACAAGGCCAAGUACGUCAAGUCGCAGCAGGUGAUCGCCAGGCGGCAGGAGCCGGCGCUGCGGGGCUCUCCGCGGCCGUCCCCGCACGGCCGGCGCCUGCUGGCCCGGCAGCCCUGCGGAGAGCGCUGCCCGGCCUCGGAGCUGAGCCGGGAGGCGCCGCGGAAGCUGCCGUGCCCGCAGUCCCCCGUGUCGCGCCGCGGCGGCGGCAGGCGCCUGCUGAGACCCGACUCGCUCGUCAUCUACCGGCAGAAGCGGGACUGCCCGGCCGGGGACAAGGAGAACGCCAAGGGCUCCGGGCUGGUGCGGCGCCUCUUCCAGGGACCCCUCAGAGACAGAGCCCCCAGCUCGCCCCCCGCCAGGCCGCUGGGCGAGGCGCCCAGAGCCCCCCGGAGCCCCGAGACCCCCAUGCUGUGGGCGCCUGCGGAGAAGGAGGAGGCGCGGACGCCGGGAGGCGACAGCGGAGGCGACAGCGGCGGCGUCUUCCCCGUGCCCGGCGGCCCCGCGGAGCAGCCCCCCGGUGUCCCCGGGAAGGAGCCGCUGGCUCUGCGGGUGUCGCUGCCGCUGUCGGAGAAGGAGCGCUUCUUCAACUACUGCGGGCUGGACCGGGCGCUGGUGGAGCUGCUGGGCCGGGAGCGCUUCGGGCCGGCGGGCUGGGACAGCGCCUCGGCCCGGGGCCCCGGCUCCUGCGAGUCCGAGCCCGGGAGAGCCUCGGGGGGCAGCGAGAGGGACGCGGGGCCGGGCGAGGAGGAGCCGGACCCGCGGCUGGGCUCGGCCGUCUCGGUGGUGGAGCGGAACGCCCGCGUUAUCAAGUGGCUCUACGGCUGCCAGAGAGCCUGGGCGGCUGCCAAGGAAUCCACGGUCUGAGCCGGGACGGCCCGGCCGGGACCAGGACACCCGCGUGGCUCCCGCUGGCUGGACGUGGCCCCUCGCCCUCGCUGGCUGCGGCCGAUGGGCGGGGGGCACCCGCGGCCCUGGCGCCGUGGGGAUGCCGCAGGCCGGGAGAACCACCAGGGGCACGGGCGGAGUGUGGCGGGGCCACCUGAGGGGCAGGUGAGGGAGGGACACCCCCGGGUGAGUCUGUCCUUGGCUGGCAGGCCGCUGUACCCCUGCUGUCCCCCUGCUGUCCCCCUGCUGUCCCCCAUCUCCUCCGUUCUCCCUGUCCCCAGCCCAGGAGGGUGGGAUGGGCCUGCAGCCCCCACUGUCCCCCCUUGUGCUGCUCCAGCUGCAGGCUGGGGGUGAGCAGAGCCCGAGCCCCCCGUGGUGGGCAGUGCCCACCCCACAGCCCCCUCCUCCCCAGAGCAGGGGCUGCUGGGGCCAGAG